GCAGGGUAAAGUAGCGUUGUAGUGGGCAUCCGUAAUGCCCCAAAAAGGCCAUCGGCUGUGGUGAAAGGUCCAACAACCGCCAGAACUAUGGAAGGUAAUAAUGAUUCGGGCAGUGGGGAGACUGACCCGGUGGGUUUACACAUAGAAGGUCAGAUCAUCCCCAGUCACUCGCCCUGCGACAAUUCUGUGAACAGGGCGGAAGAACGUCGAGUCGAAAUGGAUAACAAUAAGAACGACGCCCACAACAAGGACGUCCCACGAGCAACUGAUUCCAAACAAAACGAGAAGGCAGAGUCAUCCGAUGAGAGUGAAAAGAAGGACGAUGCGCCCGAGGGCCCCAUACCUCCUGUUUCCAUUCAGCCCAGAUUUGCCAACUUUCUGGAGACCACCGGCAAGAAGGUAUUGGUUAGAAACAUCAGCAUGGAAGACGUUGUCCAGAAAAUCCAUGAGGGAAGUGCACUAUGGAAAGUUCGUGGUGUAAACAAGUGGUUUCAACGCCACUACAAGGUCGACAUUGACAACAUGUGCCUUGUGGGGGAGUCCAAGAAGUGGUGGUCUCCUGGAGGGGGUUCAAGCAGCGAUGGAUCAGAAAACGCAGUACCUCUCGUAGAUAUCACAGAAGUGCGUGAAGGAUGGAAAACUGACACUUUUAAUAAAGUCAGCACCCACUCAGAGAAAAUCAAAGAGAAAGGAGCUGCCACUGAUGAACCUUUAUUAGAAGAAAACAAAUGUUUCUCUGUUAUUCAUGGCCCUGGUGGACGAGAAACCCUGGAUCUUGUUGCUUCAUCAGAGGAAGAAAGGGAUGCUUGGGUCACAGGACUUGCUCACCUUAUACAGUCUGUGAAAUCACUCUAUGAGGAAAAGCAGUAUGAUGUGUGGUUAAGAGAACAGUUUAAUGAAGCUGAUAAGGACAAUAAUGGCUCCCUGAAUUUCGAUGAAUGCAGUACGUUGCUGAAGCAGUUGAACAUUAAGAUGGAUAAAAGUCAUGCCAAAAAAUUAUUUAAUCAAGCAAACACUAAUAAGCAAAAACGAGAUGGGGACCAAGUUUUAGAAGUUGGUGAAUUUGUUGCUUUUUACCAUGCUUUGCUGAAAAUGCCAGAAGUUGAGAGAGUUUAUAAAGAAAAUGCUAGUGAAAAAACUCAGCUUAUGAGUGCUGCCCAACUAUGCACCUUCCUUCAGAAAUACCAGGGAAUAGCUGACAUGGAUGAAGCCAAAGCAGGAAAUAUAAUUUUGAAAUAUGAAGCAAGUAAUCUCAAAGACCAGGGAUAUAUGACACAAGAUGGUUUCUACCAUAUGUUGCAGUCAGACAUGUUUGACAUUUACAACUUUGAUCAUGAAAGUCACGUCCAUCAAGACAUGAACCAGCCGCUUUCUCAUUACUAUAUAUCAUCUUCUCAUAAUACAUACCUAACAGGGCAUCAGCUUGCUGGAGAGAGUAGUGUUGAGGGAUAUAUUAGUGCGCUGAAACGAGGAUGUAGACUUUUGGAAUUGGAUCUGUGGGAUGGUGAUGAUGGAGAGCCAAUCAUAUAUCAUGGACACACAUUGACUACUAAAAUAACUCUUGCUGAUGUCCUGAAAGAUGGUAUUAAAGCUUAUGCAUUUGAAGCAUCUCCCUACCCUGUUAUUCUUUCAAUAGAGAAUCAUCUCAGCCUAGAGCAACAGAGGGUUAUGGUUAAACUCAUGCAGGAUAUUCUAGGAGAUAUGUUAGCCACAGAUCCAAUUCCUGAAGACAUUGGUGCAGUUCCUUCUCCAGAGUCUCUCAAAAACAAAGUUAUUGUACGUGGCAAAAAACCCAAGGGUUCAGAAAUAGAAGAAGAUGAUGAAGAUGAUGAUGAUGAUCAAGACAAGAUUGACUACAUCGAUAGUGAUGAUGGUGCCUCACAGUCCAAGAAGGAUUUCUUCAACUUGUCCUUCUACCGCUCUUUCAAGAGCCUAAAGAGGUCUAAGAACUCUUCCACAAAGAAACGCAGGAAAUCCCUGCCACAGAAACCUCACAAACCUUUAGCACCUGAACUGACUCAAGUUGUCAAUGUUUGUGAGGGGAAGAAGUUUAUAUCAUUCCAAGAUGCAUUUGAAAGCUAUAAGUGUGUACAUACGCCCUCAAUAGGAGAAACAAAAGCAUUUGGUUUGUUUGAAAGCAGUCCAAAUGACUUUGUGAAGUUUACAGAGAGACAUGUAACCAAGAUCUACCCUCAUGGCACUCGAGCAGAUUCAUCGAACCUAAAACCUUAUCCUUUUUGGAGUGUUGGAUGUCAGAUAGUGGCGCUGAAUAUGCAGACCGAAGACAAGGCUAACUUUUACAAUGAUGCCUUAUUUAGAAGCAAUGGCAAUUGUGGUUAUGUACUGAAGCCAGAUAUAUUGUUGAAAAAGGACCCUUACAAUCCAUCGGAGCUUUCAGAUAGGUACACAAAAAUUGUUAGAGUUACUAUCUUAAGUGGACAGCAUUUGCCCAACUCUACAAAAAAGGGUGACAUUGUAGACCCUUAUGUGCAACUCAAAGUCCGUGGGCAUCCACUCGAUAAGCAAAAACAGCGCACAAAAGUAGUAAAGAAUAAUGGUUUCAACCCAGUGUGGAAUGAAACUUUAGAACUAACUAUCAAGGUGCCUCAAGUUUCAUUAAUAUACUUUUCCUUGCGAGAUGAAAGUUCUUAUGCACGUGAUCCUGUUCUUGGCUUGUGCUGUAUACCUUUUGACUCACUAUCUACAGGUUAUCGAUAUGUGCACUUCAGAGACUUAGCAGGCAAAAAUUUGGCACCGUCAGCCCUUUUUGUUCAUGUUAGUAUUGGUGACAAUUGAAAAGAAAUGGCCACUUACAAGAUUCUGGAACUAAGGCAAUAAGUACAAUCCUGAGAGUUUUCAUAUAAAAUAAUUUGCAUAAGCUGGCCAAUGCUUCUUGAUGUAGCUGGUGGAAGUGAUGCUUUUUAUGACAGCUUUGUAAAAUUGUGUGUGGCAACCCAAAGCUAAAUGUAUAAUACACAAACUUCAUUGAUUUUUUUUUAUUGUGUGAUCUUGAAAACUAAUAAAAGUAUGUAACUGGUGGUUAUUUUAAAGGUUUGUUUUUAUUUUAUAUUUACAGUAAAGUUAGUCUGUCUAUAUAAAGUUGCCUGUUUCCUGUUAGAAAACAGUUGUGAUAAUUACAGGAUUAACUAAUAUGGUUAAAUUUUAUAUAUUAUCCGUUGAAGACUAUGUAGUUGUCCGUACUUAUUAACCAUGACUGAAACAGUCUGAUUGGAAGUUAUAUUUUUGUAUUUUUUUAUUUGGGAUCUUGUGUGAAAUGCAGUACAGGGAGUUAUAAUGCAGUACAGGGAGUUAUUUUUUGCCUUAUGUAAAACUAGAAAAUGUCAGUAUGACUGUAAAUGUCAAAUGGGUUUUGAAAGGUUGCCCAUUUGAAUGAAUUAAAAAUUGAUAAAUGCCAAUUUUGCAUUUUGCAAUAGUUUUUUUAUGAAAACAGAUUUAAGAUUGUAAUGGCUUUACUGAGCUUUGUAUUUUGUAUUCAGAAUAAUUCAUGGAGGGGAUGUAGUUUAUGAAUAAUAGUAUGGAAAUUUUAAUACUAGAUCUAAAUUCAUAAAUGUAUAGAUCAAACUAAGCAGGACUUUAAUAGUUGCUGUUUAUUGAUUGAAAAUCUGCUAAAAUAACUUCUGAAUAUUAUUGUAAUAUUUGUCGUUACCUUGAUUUAAUUUUUCUCUUUUGAGGAGGAGGCUUGUUGUGUCUUGCCAUGUACAGAAAUGAUUUUUUCACUUUAUGUAAAUAUCAAAGUCUAGUUUUGAACCCUGCUCAGCUUCUUGAUUAGUUAUUUUAGCCGGCAUAAUUUUAGAUCUGUAUUAAUUUAAGCUGUAUAUUGUCUGGAAUUGUUAGAAGACUAAAAGAAUUUUUUUUAUAAACAGAGGUACAGUAUGGAGAUCCUUAAUUAUUGUAUUAUAUUUUCAAAGUGUGCAAACUAAUCCAUAUGCAUUUAUGACAAUGAAAUGCAAAUUAAUGUAAUGAAUAAAACAUAUUUAAAUGUGAGCAUAAAGCAUGUUCAACGUGAUGUGUUGAGAAUUCUAUUAUAUAUAAAUAAACUUUUGAAAGUGGUAAUUUUGAAAGCAAGUUUUUUUUUAAAUUAUAUUGCCACUGGAAUGCAACUUUUCCCUAAAUGUUUAUUGUUACCUUUGGCAGCCAUUGUCUUGCAAGAUGCAGGUACUUGAUAAGGUAUGAUUAUCACAAAAUCCACGUAAGAAGGAUUAAUCUCUGCGAUUUAAGCAGCUCACUGCCACAUAGUCAUAUUUUUUUUAACAAUUCUUUAACUUGCUUUGCUGAAUCAGAGAAUUUUCUUUGUAAAAUUUCAGUAGCUAAGCAACAAUAUUUAGAAUAGAAACUUGUGGCUAGGUUUUUUUUUUCAGUUUUUGCAAAUGUUAGAAUAAAUGUGGAAUGUACUGAGUAAUCACCAACCAUAAGAAACACUUUGCCUCAUUGUGAUAACUAGAUUUUAUAGUUACUGACCAUGUGAAGAUCAUGAAAAAAACCGCUGUCAAUUUAUUUCUCAUCACAUUUGCAGCCAAUACAGAAACUGCUGUUAAUUUUUUUAAUACUUUGCUUUAAAGUUAAUAACUUUAAAUAUUAUGUUAGUUUUGGAGACUGCUUUAAAGUUACUAACUUUAAAUAUUAGGUUAGUUUUGGAGACAGUAUUUGGAUGUUUAGUUGUCAUGAGAAGCAUUUAAGUUAUAUGUUUAGAUUACCUGAUAUUCACUGCAUAAUUAUUAAUCGAUGCAGAAAACAUUGACAGUAUUUUUCUUAAGGCAUGUAAUAGGUCAUGCUGACUGAUUUUGUGAGUACUGCCUGGUAGAUUUUAAGAAAUGAAUGUAUAGGCACGUUAUUUAGUUCCUCUAAGGCCGUAUGGUGGAAUUGUUAAAAAAAUGUUUGCAAGCUAUUUCUGUUGUGGUGUGUUCUUUAAAACAACAACUAAAUAAGUUUUUAAUUGAUUUACACUUGAAAUGUUAAAAGUUUUAAAACAUUCAUAAAUUGUAAUGAAUGUAUAAUUUUUCCCUGUCAAAAGAAGUCACUUAAUUACUAUAUGCACAACUGGUCCAAAGUAAUUUCUGAAAGUGUUUCCUUUUAAUUUCAAUAACUGAAGGUGCUAAAUGAUUCUUAUGAAAGGUAUGCCAAUAUCAGACCUCAUACAGUACUAUCUGAAAAUGCUUGUGAAUUGAAUUCUUUAUUUUUAAUUAAAUUCUUGUACAAGGGCUUUAGAAAACUAUAAUCGUGAAAAGUUAUCCAAAAACUGUAUAUAAACGGUCUUCGAAUCCAUUUUGUGGAAAAAAAAAUUUCUACACUCCCAGAUUUUGUCUGUGAUUUCAUCUUCUGUGAUUGUAGAAGAGGUUUGAUGCAGGUGAACAGUGGUUUAGGUAAAAUGCACAUAUUUUAUACAUAGUACACAUGCUUUUGAAGUGUUUUAGUUUCCUCCACAUUUUUGUCCUUAUGCAAAUGUUAUAUUAAUAAUCAAGUAAUGCUGUGAAAUGAUAUUGGUGCUUUGUUGUGUACAUUAUUUUUACUUUGCAAGGAACUGUGGCAGAUGCUGUUUUCAUCAACUGAAUAUUCCCUUGUAUAAUAUCACGAGGAAAGAAUGAAAUUCAUGUUGCUUAUAGUAAAUUACUGUUAAAGUACUUUUAUUACGGAAUAAAAAUUUUACAUUUCACUUCCGAUGUCAAUAUUUUAUGUUAUAUAAAGAGCUUUUAUA